UUGGCCCGCGGCUUCGGGCUCUGGGAAGGCGCGCUCUACGAGAUCGGGGGCCUCUUUGGCACGGGAAUCCAGUCCUACUUCACCUUCCUGCGCUUCCUGCUGCUGCUCAACCUGCUCACCCUGCUGCUGACCACCGGCUUCGUGCUGCUGCCCCUGGCCUGGCUCCGCCCCCCUGCGCCAGGCCCCGCCCUCAACCUGACCCUGCAUUGCCCCCGCAGCCACGGACCGCAGACUGGAGCUCCGAAGUUCCACAAUCAACUUUGGAAUGUUUUAACUGGCAGGGCCUUUAACAACACCUAUCUGUUCUACGGUGGGUACCGGGCAGGGCCCGAGAGGAGCUCCGCAUACAGCAUCCGCCUGGCCUACCUCCUCAGCCCGCUGGCCUGCCUGCUCCUCUGCUUCUGCGGGACUCUGCAGCGGAUGGUGAAGGGGCUGCCUCAGAAGCCCCUCCUGGGUCCGGGCUACAGGGCGCCUCUCAGUGCCAAGGUCUUCUCCUCCUGGGACUUCUGCAUCCGGGUACAGGAAGCGGCCACCAUCAAGAAGCAUGAGAUCAGCAACGAGUUCAAGGUGGAGCUGCAGGAGGCCCAGCGCUUCCUGCAGAAGCAACAGCAGUCCCGCUCCCAGAGGGUCUGCCACCUGAUCACCUACCUGCGGGUCAAUGUCCUCAUGGGGCUCCUGGUGGCUGGAGCCAUCAGCGCCAUCUUCUGGGCCACCAAGUACUCGCAGGACAACAAGGAGGAGCCCCUGUUUGUGCUGCUCCAGUACCUGCCCCCAGGUGUCAUCGCCCUGGUCAACUUCCUGGGUCCCCUGCUGUUCGUAUUCCUGGUCCAGCAAGAGAACUACCCUCCCAGCACCGAGGUCAACCUCACCCUCGUCUGGUGCGUGGUGCUGAAGCUGGCCAGCCUGGCCAUGUUCUCCUUCUCGCUGGGGCAGACCAUGCUGUGCGUGGGCACCAAGAAGACCAGCUGCGAGCCCUAUGGCUACAACGCCUGCGACUACCAGUGCUGGGAGAACGCCGUGGGAGAGGAGAUGUACAAGCUGGGCAUCUUCAACUUCCUCCUCACCGUGGCCUUCACCUUCCUCGUCAGCCUACCUCGGAGGCUGCUGGUGGACCGGUUCCCAGGCCGCUUUUGGGCCUGGCUGGGCCGGGAGGAGUUCCUGGUACCCAAGAACGUGCUGGACAUUGUGACAGGGCAGACGGUCACCUGGAUGGGCCUCUUCUACUGCCCCCUGCUGCCCCUCCUCAACGGCAUCUUUAUCUUCCUCACCUUCUACAUAAAGAGGUACACCCUCCUGAGGAACUCCAGGGCGUCCCCACGGCUCUUCCGCGCCUCCAGCUCCACCUUCUUCUUCCAGCUGGUGCUCCUGCUGGGCCUGCUCCUGGCUGCGGGGCCCCUGGGCUAUGUGGUCAGCAGUGUCCACUCCUCCUGGGACUGCGGCCUCUUCACCAACUACUCGGCCCCCUGGCAGGUGGUCCCAGAGCUGGUGGCCCUCCGGCUCCCACCCACGGGCCAACGUAUCCUCCAGUACCUGGGCUCCCACGCCUUCAGCUUCCCCCUCCUCGUCCUGCUCAGCCUAGUCCUGACCGUGUGCAUCUCCCAGUCCCAGGCCAAUGCGAGGGCCAUUCAAGGGCUGAGGAAGCAGCUGGUGUGGCAGGUCCAGGACUCGAACCGUGUUCAACUCCCAGAUAGCACCCGGGAGACCUCCAUCGCUUACGAAGUCCUGAAGGUCUUCCCCAAAGGCCGCCAGGUCCUCAUCACAUGCCACGCACCACAGGCACCCCCGCCUGUCACCUACUCCCUCUGGGGGACCCACAACAUCAGGGUAGCCAGGAAGGAGGUGAAGACCCAAGGCCCGGCCUCCUUCAGCAUCAACGUCACGCUCAAGUCCAGGCCAGACCUGCUCACCUACUCCUGCCAGGCGGCCUCCACUCUGGGCCUGCAUGCGGCCAGCUCCAGGCUGCAGCUGUACUGGGAGCUGUGGACCAGUGAGUGUAUGGGGCGCAGGGUGGGGGCGUGUGGCAUGCAGGGAGCCCCGCACUGUGGGGACCAGGAAGCAUUGCCUGGCCUACGUGGGACUGUGACCCUGCCCCCGAUCCAGUCUUUGCCCCACACCCUCAGAACACAGGGAGAGCCAGUGUCCCAGCUGCAGGCUAACUUCACCCUGCAGGACAGGGGGGCAGGCCCGAGGGUGGAGCUGUCCUGCCAGGCACGCUCUGGCAGCCCACCCAUCACCUACAGCCUGGUCGGGAAGGAUGGGCAGGUCCACAUGCAGCAGACGCCGCUCCACGGGCAGCCCGCCAGCUUCUCCUUCCCACCAGCCCAGGCGGCAGGCUGGUUGCAGUGCCAGGCGGAAAACAGCGUCAGCAUCCAGGGCAGUGCCUUCACGCUGGUGCCUCCAGGGGAGCUGCCCCUGGGACCCACUCUCGUGCUGGCCGGCAGCCUCACCUCCACUGCAGCUGUCACCUCUGGGAUGCUGGGCUGGACCAUGCGGACCAGCCCCCACCUGGCCCACUCCAGGCCCCCCACCUUCCCCACUCCUCGGUCCCAAGUCCCCCACCCUCCCCCUCUCGUCCCGGCGUCGCCGCCCCGGUGCGGGGUGUCCCGGAGGCGCCGCGGGGAGCGGGCCCGUCGGCUGCUGGCAGCUGCCCCUUGCAAUGGUGGGUUGAUGCAGUGCCCACAGAUGGGGCACCAGGACGUGCUGUGCCCCAUGAGGGCCCUGUCCUGGGACCAGCAGACGGUGUGA